CAACAGCAGAGUUGAGUAAGAAGUGUGGAGAGUGCUCGGGAAUGAAGUGUUCUUUUGGACCCCUCCUGAGGCUGUUUGCUCUGGAGUUGAUGCAAGAAUAAUGAGUGUCCAGACAAAGGUGGGAUCAUUGAAACAGUCUGACAAUGAGAAACGGAGACCAACUCUAUUCCAAAGUUUCAGUGUGCCAGAGGUCACAUUCUCCACUCAGAGCGGCCUGUUGACACAGCAACAAGGAUUCAGGCGGAAAGAAUCUGUCCCACAGGCAGUCCGCAGGGAUACAGCCGAAUGGUUUGGUGUGGGAACAGACGAUGAUCUGCUACACCAUUGGCAGCGACAGAGUUGGAGACAUUGUCAGCAGCGGUACGGGAACCUGAAAGCCCCAUUCCAGAGGAAGGCUGGACUCUCCAGUGUGGACUCUGCCUCCAUCCCAGCACUGGCCUCUCAGAGAACACCAACGGUGGCUGAUUCUUCCUUCCAGGGCCAAAGUUCCCAGUAUUCCAACACCACAGAUCAAUGUCUCACCCUGCUCCCAAGUCCCACACCUCAAACUGCGCUGGGUUCAUUUGGAAAUGUUCACAGCGAAUGUUGCCGAUUUCCUCCCAGGAAAAGGGACUCUGUUGUCCGGAUGAGUCUUCGAGCAGCAACUGCUGUCCUUACGGGACAACCUUUGCUAGAGAGUUCUAGAAGCAGAGUCAGAAGAAGCUUUGCUUACCCCAGUUACUUGGAAGAAGAAGCAGUUGGUGGCGUUGAUCCACUGGAAUAUUCCUUCUUUACAAAGGUGGGGCAUCCAGAUGAAAUUUCGUUGACCCCAGAUGACGUGUUUGAUUCACCACUGCCUUCAGCAUACUGUGAGAAGGAGUUCCAGUCACCAACACUCCCAUCAACCAGAUAUGCUGAGGGGUUGCCUAACAUAACCAGUGCUGAGACCCAUGGUCGGGGGACACACAUCACACCGCAGGUUCGACGCUCUAUGUUUAACAGGAAGAAGCGUCAGUACGGACUGGGGAUUGUGGGAAGGUGGCUCAACCGGAGGUACCGCCGCUCACUGAGUAUCAGCACCCGUGACAAACUUCAGCAUCUGCACACUCACAGGCCGUACUUUACCUAUUGGAUCACCUCUGUUCACAUCGUGGUGACCGUGCUAGCGAUCUGUACCUAUGGCAUCGCACCAGUGGGAUUUGCCCAGCGUGUAAAAACACAGUUGGUGCUGAGGAAGAAAGGGACCUAUGAGAGUGUGGAGAAUGUGCAGCAGGAGAACUUCUGGAUUGGGCCUUGUUCGGACGCUCUCAUCCACCUUGGAGCAAAGUUUUCUCCUUGUUUACGGAAGGACCAAUCGAUCUCAAAGCUCAUCAAAAAGGCGAGAGAUCAGGAGAGGAGGUCAGGCUGUUGUGUUCAGAAUGACAAUUCUGGAUGUGUGCAAACAUUGAAAGAGGAUUGUUCGGAAGUACUCGCCACUUUUAUAAAAUGGCCAAGCAGCCAAGCUCCAAACCUGAGUUUCACUAAUCAGCAGCGAUCAUCAGGGGCAGUGUGCCAUCAGGAUCCAAGGACAUGUGAGGAACCUGCCUCAGCCAUGCCACACAUCUGGGAGGAUGACAUCACUCAAUGGCCUAUUUGUACCUUCCAAUCACAGAGGAACCAUACCGGACUCAAACACAUGGACUGUGCCAUCAAAGGGAGGCCCUGCUGUGUCGGCACAAAGGGAAGGUGUGAGAUUACUACCAGAGAGUAUUGUCAGUUUAAAAAUGGAUACUUUCAUGAGGAGGCUACCUUGUGUUCACAGGUCCAUUGCAUGGAUGACGUCUGUGGUCUAUUACCUUUCCUAAACCCAGAUGUUCCAGAUCAGAUCUACAGGCUCUGGCUUUCCCUAUUCCUUCAUGCUGGGAUUAUUCAUUGUGUGGUCUCUGUGAUUUUGCAUCUGACUAUCCUCCGGGACCUGGAGAUGUUGGCUGGGUGGCUGCGUAUUUCAAUCAUCUAUAUCCUGAGUGGAAUUAUUGGCAAUUUGGCCAGUGCGAUAUUCCUGCCGUACAGAGCAGAGGUUGGACCUGCAGGCUCUCAGUUUGGUUUGCUAGCCUGCCUCUUUGUAGAAUUGUUUCAGAGCUGGCAGAUUUUGGAGAAGCCAUGGAAAGCAUUGAUGAAGCAGCUCAGAAUCCUGAUGGUUCUCUUUGCAGUUGGCUUAUUGCCUUGGAUUGACAACAUUGCCCAUAUAUUUGGGUUCCUCAGUGGUUUCUUGCUCUCGUUUGCCUUUUUACCAUACAUUACCUUUGGUUGGGCUGACAAAUACAGGAAACGAAUAUUGAUCAUUGGCUCCCUGUUGAUGUUCGUUGGACUCUCUGCAUCUCUGGUGAUCUGGUUCUAUGCGUAUCCCAUUUAUUGCCAGUGGUGUGAAUACCUCACGUGUGUCCCAUUCACCAGCACAUUCUGCGAGAAGUAUGAUCUGGAUCACAUUGUACACUGAGCAAGGAUAAUUGACAGUACUCCUGGCUGGAGAUGAUAAUGACCUUUGUAAAUUCCACAGGUCAACCCAGGGAAGCUGUGCCAAACUAAUUACAGGAAACUAGUAGCAAAGCAUUGUGGAUUGACCAGCUGAGUGUAUCUGAAUAUCAUUCAACACUGCACUUCUCUACCAAUAUCUAUCCAAUGUUUAAUAAGACCAAAUUACUGUUUGUACCCAUUGAAUGCCUUACCCCCUACAAAAUCUGGGAAGUAAUAUUAAAGUCAGUUUAUGAGGAAGUUGAAUCUCCACUUGCUUGCCAGG